CUGUGUCAGGCCCGCCAUUGAAGUUGAGCACCAUCCAGAGCUCAUGAACCCCUUCACGGACGACGUGCCAGACGACGCUCUUGUGCCAGCCUUCACGGGCGGGAAUCCCUUCUCCUUCUCCUCCGAGGAAGGCUCGCCGCGCCGCCAAUCCCCAGAGAAUGUGCCAGCGAGCCUGUUUGCGCCACGGGCCUUGGCGCCCGUGCUGCCGCCUCUCCCUGCCGAUGCCAAUCCGUUCGGGCCGCCGACCCCGGGCCGCAACGCCGCUGACGGCGGCGAGGCGCUCGGCGACAGAGCCCUGAGUGGUGGCGCAGACGCGGAGCCGACGGUGCCCCUGCUCGCCCCGCCUGCUGAGCCGGAGCCUCGCUCUCGCGCCGCGCCGCCGCUGCGCACCGCCGCGCGCGAAAUCACCGUGCGCCCGCCGUCUUUGCUCGCGGACCUCGAGACGGGGCUCCUCACGCUGCUGGAAUCGGGAGAGCUCGCCGACUUGCGCUUCGUCGACGGCGGCGAGACCGUGUGCGCGCACAAGGUCGUGCUCCAGCUUCGGUGCGGCAGGGAGGUGGUCGAAGCCAUCGCCGCCGGCGCCCUCGGUCCAGACGUCUCUGCCGGCCAGGGCAUAAGUGGCGGCGGCGGCAGCGGCGGCGGCGGCGGCGGCGGCGGCGGCAGUUCCACCAGGACGUACGAGCUGCCUGCGGGCAGCGCGGCGUCGUUGGGGUCGCUCCUUCGCUUCGUCUACACGGACGAGUACGAGCUGGGCGCCGAGUUCGGCGGCGGCGGCGGCGGCGGCGGCGGCGGCGGCGGCGGCGGCGGCGGUGUCGGCGGCGGUGGCGGUGUCGGCGGCGGUGGCGGCGGCGGCUCGAUGGGUGGCUGCUCGACACUACCACCGGCCGUCCCGUGCCUCGUCCGGCUCUCCGAGCUGGCUCAGGCAGAGGCUGCCGCCGUCGCCGCGACACUGCGCGCCGCUCCGCUCUUCCGCGCCAGCCUCGCCCUCCUCGGCGCAGACGGCUUGGCGGAGGCGGAGCCGCCGCUCGAGACGACACCCGAUCUGACCCGAUCUGACCCGAGAUGA